AUGGAUGCAGAAGAACUAAAGAAGGACAGGGAAGCGGCAGAGAAUUUAAGCAUGACGAAGGACCAGGCUCCAGAGACAACAUUUCAAGAUGCUGAUGCAGUGGCUGAUGUACCUGCAGUCACAUCAGAUGAGAGAACAUCACAGUAUGAAUAUCACAGUGCACCCUCAUCUGAAUGCCUCGACAGUGCCUUGAAAGAUGAGAAACUCAGUGAUCCUGUGCCCUUCAAAGUGAUGUACAAUAAAAAUAGGUUUGAUGUGGAAUUCAGCUUGGAUGCAACUGUGGCCCAGCUGAAGCAACAUUUGGAACCAAUCAUACAAGUUCCUCCAGCAAUGCAGAAGCUCAUGAUCAAGGGUCUUGCCAAGGAAGAGAUGACCCUGAAGGCCUGUGGCUUGACAGAAGGUGGGAAGGUGAUGGCAAUUGGUUCAACACUGAAUGAUGUUCUCCAGGUGUCGAAGCCUGCACCCAAGGUGCCUGUUGUGGAGGGUGCUACCUCCUCUUCAACCAAGGAGCCACUAAGCCAACAGAAGCAGCACAAGAAAAUUAUUGAAAAAGGGCCCCCAGAUGAUGUCUUGCCUGGCAUUAAAAACUCCAAGGACAGCCUUCCUCCAUUUCCCAUUUCUGGAAUGGUGAACAAGCAUGGUGGGAAGGUCAGACUGACCUUUAAGCUGGAGGCAGAUCAGCUGUGGAUUGGCACAAAGGAAAGAACAGAUAAGAUUCCAAUGAACACCAUCAAGGCUAUUAUGAGCGAGCCCAUCGUUGAUCACGAGGAGUAUCAUAUCAUGGGAAUCCAGCUUGGCCCAACAGAGGCAUCAAGAUACUGGGUUUACUGGGUUCCAGCCCAGUACAUAGAUGCCAUCAAGGAUGCUGUACUUGGGAAGUGGCAGUACUUCUGA